CUCACGCCCCAUAAUCAAGAAGUUGGCCAACCGGCGCUCCUCACUCGAGGGAGGAAUAACUUUCCUCUCCACAUCUCCGGGAAAGCUGAUUUAACAUUAUUCAUUUCAUAUUUUCACAGAGGAGUUCUCCCCUGCACUAGGUUUGGCUCCUCAAGGUGCUGGUUCCCCGAUGGCUUUCUUAGUGAAGAAGAAAAAAUUUAAGUUCCUGGUCACUUUGGAAGUGGUGGACCUCUCGGCCGUGCCCUUCGUCAAUGGGAUUCUCUUCUGCAAGAUCCGCCUUCUCCACGGGGGAUCCUUCACCGACCUGUCCAGCCGGGAAGAGGUGCAGGAAAACUGCGUGCAAUGGCGGAAGGAAUCCCGUUUCAUGUGCAAGAUGAGCGCCAGCUCGGUCACGGGGAUCCUCGACCCCAGCAUCUGCCGAGUGUCUGUCCGCAAGGAGCUGAAGGGUGGGAAAACAUUUCUCAAGUUGGGAUUCGUGGACCUGAAUCUGGCGGAGUUUGCUGGGGCUGGUUCCACUGCUCGGUGCUACAUCCUGGAGGGUUACGACACCAAGAACACACGGCAGGAUAACUCCAUUCUGAAGGUCUCUAUCAGUCUGCAGUUGUUGUCCGGUGACCCCUGCUUCAAGAGGCCACCGUCCACAGCCAAGCCAAUUGAGUUCUUGAGUCGGCAGAAUUCCCUGGCGCCGGAUUGCAAAGGGGACGACGGGAAAGAAAGCCCCACCUCUGUGCGCAGCAGGCCGAGCUUUUCCAAGCUAUCGAGGUGCAGGUCCCUCCUGACUUCAGGAGGGGGAUCCGAGGAUCCGGACAAUGCGCUGCAAGCUCCGGAGGAGUCGAUCCGGAAGAGGCAUUCCCGCCACUCCAGCGGCUCCAGCCAGGUGUCGAAGUUCUCGGGCUACAGCUCCGAGUGCUCCCCCUCCGUCUCCCACUUCGAACUGACCCACCGGCGGGAUGGCUCGUCCGGCAGCAGCGGCCUGUCCUCCGGGAUCGGGAGCAUGGCCGACAUCUGGGAGGGAGCCAAGGAUCCCGGCCUGGAGAAGCUGGCGCAGCCCUUCAGGCCCCUGCUGCGCUCGGAACGGUUGUCGAGGCGGAAGAAGGAAGCGGCUGAGAGCCGACCCUCACGAGUGGACGACACGCGAGUGGACGCAGAUGACAUUGUGGAGGAGAUUGUGCGGAGCCAGGACUUCAGCCAGUCCAGCAACACUGAGGACAGUGGACUGCAGCUCUAUGUGGGUCGAGAUGGGACCACCAGACUGGGUGGCCUGCAGAGUGACAACAGAUGGUGUGACUACAAGCCCGUUGUUAUCGAGGGCCAUUGAGCUAGAGAUAAAAGGACGAAGCAGCAGGUUGCAGACUCCUGCCAUUCCAGUAGAGAAUAUUCCAGAGGAUCAGGAAUUGCUGGCUGGCACUAUACAUGGAGGAGCAUUUCUCACUGGGGAAAAUCAGUGUCAAUUUUUUUAUAAAAAAAAAUAAUUCAUAUUGAGGAAUUAUUAGGAGAAAGAUGACAUCCAUCUUUCCCAGUGAACUGUGUGGUUGGAUUCCCUGCCAUCCUUGGCUUUGGGUUAAAACGGUUCCUGACAUCAAGAUGCAUCUUUGGGGGCACACACGUUGGCGAUGAGUAUUAAUGGAUGUACAUGUUAAUAAGUGGUACUGGGCGUUCUGGGCAUUGCAUAGGUUCAGACCUUUAGCUCAAUGAUAAUCGUUAAUUAUUCCCUUCUAUUUAUUUUAUAUCUUUUAAUGAAACGCAACAGGGACCAUUUAGCCCUGAACAUGGGAUUUGGUCCGGGAACCAAGUGCUUCUCUAUGACUCAAGGGAAUUGACUCUAAUGUUUAUCGAACUCUUGUUUUGUUUGGACUGCUUGUUCAGGAAGGGGGGAGGCGGAAGUGGGGGGAGCGAUGUGGAUGACAGGGAAUUGGUGCCAAUUUCCUGAAUGGUCGAGAGGAGAUUGGCUGCACGGUUACUAGUGUCUGUCAUGUUGUUUAACACAAUCCCAUCUCCCAGUACUUUUAGGGCUAAUUCGUGUUUGAGGAAAAUGAGGGGGAAAAGAAAUCUCUCUUUGAUGCCCCCUGUGACUUUUACCCCAAGGUGUUGGUGGGCGAAGUGUCUUGGAGAUGCAUGUUUGAUCCCAGGCUCAUUCUGGGGGACUGGCAAAUCCUAGACUACUGGUUAGAGUUGGCCCGAAUAGCCAUCUUGUCAUUCUGUUCUGAUAUGACCAAUGGGGAAGGUGUUACUCAGAGCUACCUCAACCCCGUUCAGAUGUCAUAUUAGGGGCAAGUUCAGUGCAAGCUGGGGUAGUUUUACAAACCUAACAUGAGUGAUCAACAUGUUAAUGUUGCUUCCUAACAUUUAGGACUUGGGUUUCCAACUUGGCUUGCAUGUGUCCCUCGAACUCUUCUGCCUCCUCCCCUCCCAUCUCCAAUGUUUUUAUAAAUAAAUUGUAAACCAGGCCCAAAGAAGAUGGAAAAAGAAUACCAGACUCUUAUUUCUUUUAAAUGAAAAAUGUCUCCAGGGCUUUUCUUCCUCCUGAUUGUGCUCUCAGUGGUGUCCAGAAAGGCUCUACCCCAAUUCCCAAAGACUCCAGGCUUGUUUCAGAUCCCUUGACCCACGUUUUUGGCCUUUUUCUUGGUUCAGUGUAAUGUGUUUUAAAGUGCAGCAGGGAGAUGGAGGGGAGGCUGGGAGAUGAGAUCUAAUCUUCGAGAGAGUGAGUUAAAGGUCUCACCAGAUGGUUUAUAUAUUUUAAAAACAAAGGCAAAAAUGAACUUGGGUUGAGAGUGCUAGCUACUGUUCCCAAGCUGUACAUCUUUCUCAUCCUUUUUUAAAAGAAAAUUUUGAAAUCAAAUACUCAUCAAUUAUCGAUUAAAAGAUGUUGGGAAGCCAUUUUGUGAGGCAAAACUGUUUGGUAUUGAGGAGGUCAAAGGGCAAGAUAGCAAUUUAUUUUUAAUUUGUGAAGAUAUGGAGAGAUGCUUCUGUGAUGCACUUUUCCAAUACUUGGCCCAGUAUUUAAACUAUACUCUUUUUUAAAAAAUAUAAAAACUAUCUCUAAUCUCCAGCCCGUGCUCUCUCCAAUCUGUUCCCAAAUAUCAAAUCAAAAACAGAAUUA